GUCGUCUUCUAUGCGGCGGUCUACCGUGCUUUCACCAUGGUGAAGACGCGCACGCAGGAUGCCAUUACCUCCAUGCAGAAGGGUCAGCUGGUCUUGCUGGGAAAGAGUGACACGGAUGCCCUGGUGAGCUUCCCUGUGGAGAUCACCUACGAUGAAAAGAAGUUCUCCUUCCAGGUCUCCAGGAAGCGAUCCGACAUGUAUUCCUUUACCAUCAACAACAAGACCCUCACCACAAAGGUGCGCGAACAGCCUGACGGCUCGCUUUAUGUGAGCACAGGUAACAUCAGCCAGCAGGUCAAGGGCCAGGAGGAGGCUCUGGGUCUGCGAUUGAUCAUUGGUGCUCAGACAAUCAUGGUGCCGACUGUCUACGACCCGUCUGAGCUUCGGUCAGAUGUGAAUGGAAAGGUGGUGCGCUACUUGCACGACGAGGGCACUGAGAUUCAGAAGGGCGAAGCAUACAUCGAGCUUGAGGCCAUGAAGAUGAUCAUGGCCCUGAAGUCCAGCGAGGCUGGCAAG